AAAAACAAGGAACCACUUCCUGCCCAAGUAAUGAAGUAAAAAAAAACGCUUAUUUCAUCUUUCUUUGUCAUCAAUCCUUGAUAAUUUCCGCGAGGAAUUUAUUUGGUGAACCCUAUUCCGCACUGUAUUUCAAAUUCCUGAUGAACCCUUUUGCACUAUCGUAAUCCUUUUUGCCCAGAAUCGCCGAUAAAUUUUAAUUUUUUUUUCCAUGAUUAACGGCAAGAAAGAACAGAGGAAUAUGAUAAUGGAGAUAAACGGCAAUCAUUCCCGGUGGAAUGAGACCGAACUCGAAAUUGCUGAAUUCAUGACUAAAAUCCGAGAAAUUAAUCCGGAAGUGGAGAGAGUGAGGAAACCAUCAUUCAAUCUGAAUUGGGGUGCGCAGAAAAUAAUUCGGUACAGAACCAGGAGGAAUUCAAGUGCGUGUACCACAUUAGCAGUCGUGAAGACGCCGGAGAUGAUGACGACAGCGGCGUCGACUUCCGGCCAAGAGGCUGUCAGCAAAGUGGCGGCGCCGGUUACCAGUCCCAACACUCCCUUAUGUUUCUCGCAGAGCUCUGAAUCUGAAGACAAUUCUUCAUCCGAUUCUCGAUAUAAAAGGAAGAGAGAUGAACUUAAGCGAACCGUGGAAGAAUUGACUGGAUUGCAAAAAAGGCUAAAAAAGGAAUUAGACUGUGUGUCUGGUUAUCACCAUAAGCUAAUGGCUUACAACAAAAGCCUGAAGGAAGAGAAGAAAUUGGCGUUAGCUGCACACAGUAAAACCCACGAACAGGGUGAAAAGUACAAUUUGGAAGUAAGAAACAACUUCAAUCUAAGAUCAGAAUCAUCUGAUCAACUGUACCAAACUGCUGUCAUCAGGCCGCCACCACCACCGCAGCAGAGCCAACUCAUGUUAAUUCCACAACCGAUGACCAUAUCAGAAACACUCCCACACCCUAGUGGGCCAACUCUAAAGUUCAAUUUCCAUUAUCAAAAGCCAAGCCCAAUUGUUGGGCCUGCUGUCAAUCACGGAGGCCCAAUCUGGAGUAAUAAUGGUGUUUUAAAGCAGGAAAGGAGUGUUGGGCUGCCCCAAUGUAAUGCACCUAUGGAUUAUGCCAGACUCAUUGCUCACUGCCAAGCCCGAGCUCAAGCUGCGGAAGCUAGGAAGUUGAGAAGAAUGGCAGUCAAGAACAAAAGUUGCAGAUGAAACUGAGGUUAAAUUCUGUGUGCUAAAUCUAGUUAUGGGAUCCUGAUCACAAGGAGAACCAUGGUUGUAGUUCUUUGAGCUGAAGGGUUGAGGGAGGGGUAACUUUGCAACUGUACAUACUCAGAGCGGCGCCACUUCGUAGAUUUUGUAACCCUUAAGACGAUGAGUUCUAGUUUGAAAGUUGAUCUUAUCAGCUUCCGACCGAAUUUUGUAGAUUGGCAUUUGGCAUUGGACGAGGUGGUCUCUCACCUUGUCCUCACAAUAAACCUUUUCAGUGUUUAUUGUUUUUAUGUUUCUGGAGAAAUGAGUUGUUCUAACUUGCAACUUCAAACCAAUAUCAACCAAAAUGUCAUACUGAGAAAACUUACAAUUGAGA